AGACUGAAGGGGACGAGAGUCAGGUGGCGCUAACCCAAUUGGGCACGGUCACAACCCCGCCUGGACGUGACCCGAUUAGGAAGGGGCGGCACGUGGGGAACGGAGGGGCCUCCGUGUAUCUCCGUCGACUUCUUCGCUCAUACUUCGCUGCGCCAUUGACGACGAUGGAGGCUCUGCCUCUAAAUUCAACGGGUUCCCGUCUAAAAGCUGAUGUCUGUAGCUCUGAGGAUUAUAAUCUCACCUUUGCGGAAGUUCGGAAUCAAUUGCCAUUCGUUUGUCCUUUCUGCUUGCACAGCUCGUCAUGGCAGCUUAUUCGCAGCAUUCUCUCUCCACGGGAUGGAGCUUCAAGGACAGUGAGGAUGCAUCGGCAGAAGCCUGGUUGCCUGUGCCCGUGGUCCCCUCUGUGAUUCACCAGGAUCUGCAGGCGAAUAACAAGUACGAUCUUUGAGACAUGAUAUUUGACCCAAUGCUGAACCAUCUAGACUGAAAAAUCCCUACGUUGGCUUCAAUGAGUUGGACGCCAGAUGGGUGAAUGAGAAGUCCUGGACCUACCGCAAUGCGUUCCAGAAACCCGCGAUCCCAAGUGGAUCGUCGGUUGUUUUGGCCUUUGACGGGUUAGACACCUUUGCAACCGUCAAAUUGGACGGCAAGGUGAUCCUGGAAAGCAACAACAUGUUUCUCGCUCAUCGUGUAGAUGUUACCAAGGCCCUAGAGGCCGAGGGCGAGCACGUGCUAGAGAUCGAUUUUGAUUGUGCCUUGCUGCGUGCUCGCAAACUCAAGGAAAAAGACCCGAAGCAUAACUGGGCCUCGUUCAAUGGUGACCCGGCAAGAAUGGCGGCGAGAAAGGCCCAGUACCACUGGGGCUGGGACUGGGGCCCGGUCUUGAUGACUGCCGGAAUUUGGCGAGACGUGCGACUUGAGGUCUACACGGCCCGGGUCGAAGAUCUUUGGACUGAAUUGAACCUGGCCUCGGAUCACCACUCAGCCCAGGUCUCUGCGUUCGCGCAACUUGAAGGCGUCGAAUCGGACGGGUCAUACAAUGUUACAUUCACACUCAGCCUUGACGGCAAAGAGGUCGCUCGCGAGGUGACGCAGCCCAAGGACAGGCUCGCAAACGUGAUAUUCGACGUGAAACAGCCGUCUCUGUGGUGGCCCAAUGGUUAUGGUGAUCCCACACUGUAUGACGUUUCUGUAUCACUCGAGAAGGGACACGACGAGCUUCACCGUGUCUCCAAGAGAAUCGGCAUACGCACUGCGGAGGUGAUUCAACAGGCCGACAAACACGGUAAAUCCUUCUUUUUCAGGAUAAACGGAGUGGAUGUGUUCUGCGGCGGCUCCUGCUGGAUUCCCGCCGAUAACCUCCUUCCCAGCAUCAGUGCUGAACGCUAUCGCAAAUGGAUCGAACUGAUGGUCGCUGGACGACAGGUCAUGAUCAGGGUCUGGGGUGGAGGAAGCUACGAAGAUGACAGCUUCUACCAGGCUUGCGAUGAACUUGGAGUGCUGGUCUGGCAAGACUUCAUGUUCGGCUGCGGCAACUAUCCGACAUGGCCCGAUCUACUUGAGUCCAUUGAGCAAGAGGCAUUCUACAACGUCCGCCGACUACGCCACCACCCUUCCAUCGUGAUCUGGGUUGGCAACAACGAAGAUUAUCAAGUACAAGAACAGGCAGGCCUGGUAUAUGAUUACGAGGAUAAGAACCCGGAGAACUGGCUUAAGACCGACUUUCCCGCUCGUUACAUCUACGAGAAGCUGCUUCCUAACGUCGUUGAAAAACUGACCCCUUCGGUCUUCUACCACCCGGGCAGUCCCUGGGGAGAUGGCAAGAUCACUUCCGAUCCUACGGUUGGAGACAUGCACCAGUGGAAUGUGUGGCAUGGAACGCAAGAAAAAUAUCAAAUCUUCGAUACUCUUGGGGGCCGAUUCAACUCCGAAUUCGGCAUGGAGGCGUUCCCACAUCUUUCGACGAUUGACUACUUCGUGGAGAAUGAGAAAGACAAGUAUCCCCAAUCUCACGUGCUCGAUUUCCAUAACAAGGCCGAUGGUCACGAACGAAGAAUCGCCACCUACCUCGUUGAAAACCUUCGAACGGCCACAGACCUUGAGACAUACGUCUACCUGACCCAAGUCGUCCAGGCCGAAACCAUGAUGUUCGGCUACCGCGGCUGGCGUCGUCAAUGGGGUGACGAGCGACACUGCGGCGGCGCUCUUCUCUGGCAGUUGAACGACUGCUGGCCCACUAUCUCCUGGGCCAUCGUGGAUUACUUCCUGCGGCCUAAGCCCGCGUUCUACGCCGUCGCACGGGUCCUAAACCCUAUCGCGGUGGGCGUGCGUCGUGAGCAUCACGACUGGAGCGUCACCCACGCCCAGCCCCCAAAGACCAGCAAAUUUGAGCUCUGGAUUGCCAGCAGCCAGCAGAAAGAGGUAUCCGGGAAGGUCGAGCUGCGGUUCCUCUCCGUCAACACGGGUCUCGAGGUCCGCGAGAGCAUUGUGCACGAUAAUGUGAAGAUCGUCCCGAACGGAACCACCAACAUCGCCGACGGAGUCAUUGACCAUGUCGAAAUCCCGGAGCCGCAUGUCCUUGCAGCGCGCCUGUGGGUGGACGGCAGCGUUGCUGCGCGUGAUGUCGACUGGCCCCAGCCAUUCAAGUACCUUGAUCUAUCGGACCGUGGACUUGAAGUGACGAAGGGAUCUGGAUCUGAUGCUGGGCAGACACUCAAGAUCACUGCCAAGAAGCCCGUCAAGUGCUUGGUCUUUGAGGAGCGGGAUGGUGUGCGGGUCAGCGACAGUGCCAUGGAUAUCGUGCCGGGAGAUGAGCAGAUCGUCACCAUCAAGGGGCUUGGUGAGAAUGAUGCACCUUUGAAGUACAAGUUCCUUGGUCAAUGAGUGAAUGUGUUACUUGAUAUAUGUUAGAAGGAAUCAAAUAUGCCUGACAGAGAC